UACAGUGAUAUUGUCUGUGGUCCUGAGCUGUCGAAGUCUUGUGAAAAAGGUUAGUUAUUUAAUUAUUUUUCAGAAUUCUUUAAAUUCAUUUAGAGUUUUGUAAGCCAAUUAAUAUUAUUACAAGAGCAACUAUAAUCUGCCACGAUGACGGACGCUCCAGGCCGCCCGAUGAAGUUUCCCUACACCUUUACGGCAAAGGUAGCGCAGUUCCCGUUUAAGUUCCAUGUGCAGAACCAGUGGAUCUGGCGCUACUGGAUGAUCGGAAUCGCUGUCAGCGUCCCUGUCUUCUACAAGAUCCACAAAAUGGCUAACUCGCCUGAGAAUGUGAGCAAAUGGGCCGAGAUCAGGAGGAAAGAGGCUGCCGGUCACCACUGAGCGUCACACUAGCCAUCAAGUUCCGUUGUAACAAAGUGUAUGGUUUAUUUAUGUUGUAAGAAAUAAUUAAAUCGAGAACUAGC